CAUUUUCUCCAUUAAAGAAGUGAUUAUGGAGGGAGAUAAGAUGAAGAUGAGCAAGGAGGAGUUCCAAAAGUGGAUCAGAGCGGAGGUAAAAAACAACCUAAGAUCCACAGAUGUGUAUGAGAAAUGCAAAAUGCUGCAAUCUCUGCUGGAAAAGAAGAAGAAACAGGCUGCCCAGCUCCACAGGCUCUACAAUUCUGUGGCAGCGUGUGAGGCAGUUGUGAAGAAACAAUACUCUUUGCUGGGCUGGGAGUACAGAGACACAGAUUCUGAUGAUGAUGAAGAUGAUGAUGAAGAUGAUGAUGAUGUCAUGACAGACUGUGGAAAUCUAUCCCCACGUGAGGUAGUUCUGGAUGACACUCAAGCCCCCAGCUUUCCAAAAACAAACAACCCUUCUCCUCUCUUACCAAAAUUUAAAGACAGUCAGAGUGUUGAUAGACAUAAUGGCAAAACAAUCACUAGCCAGCUAAAGAGAGAACCAGUAGUGGUCUUGACCAGACUUCCUCCACGUAUGAUUACUUUAUCAUGUCGGCGAAAAUCUCAGAAUUACGUCAGUGAAGAUGAGUCUGCAAAUGAUUCGGAUGUUCAGUGGGUAGCGGAUGGUGCCUCAAGUUAUUCAGAUGAUUCCAUCUCAAAUGAAAGAACUGGGUCAAACAAGAGGAGAAAGGUUAAGCAGGAGAAAGAGAAACCUUCAACAACCCAAACCAGCACAAAUACCAACACUAACAGUGACGAGGUGAAAACAUCGACACCACCAGGAAACACCAGCGGAAUAAACUUGGUGAGCACUGUAAAUAUCACUGUAAACAUGAAGGUCCUGGCCAGAAGGACGGCUCUGAGCUGGCAACGUGGGAAAGUUGUUGAACUGGUAACAAGGGAUGAUGGUAGGCUGAGAUACAAGAUCAGUUUUAAGAAGAAGGGGAAAAUUGUAGUCUCUGGUCACCACAUCGCCUUUGACCACAUGCCAAGGGCAGACCAGCUGUUUGUUGGCGCACGGGUGGUAGUCAAGCGUGAAGCUAAUGAAGAUGAGGAGCCACGGUUUUGCCCUGGUAUCGUGGCAGAGGUACCCUGCAGAAAAAACAACAUGAGGUUUCUGGUUUUUAUUGAUGACCACACACGGGUGUAUGUUGGCUUACCUUUACUUCAUCUGGUGUGCAUACCGUUGACGAAUCCGUUGGAUGACAUUCAAGAUGAAACCCACAAGAAUUUCAUGAAGGAGUACAUAAAGGACUGGCCUUACCCACCCAGUACAUGAUUGUACAGAAAACGUAGAGUUAACAAGUUAAAUGGAUUCUGGCAGAGGUGUGAGGUGCAGAUGUUCGACUGCAGCUUGAUACAGGUUGUUUUUGAGGUCAGUACUAAUAAACAUCAUUGAAAUUUUGAAAUUUUUUUGUGUUUUUUUCGCCUAAACUAAUUGUGUGCUUGGAACAACUGAUUAAUAUGAUGGAAUCUUUGGAAUUGAAAAGGAGGUGAACCAGAAUAAAUCAUCCAAAACAGUCGGCACACUGAUAAGACCAUGAUAGUGUGAAGAGAACCGGGUGCUUUAUUCCAUGAAGGCACUACUUGAAUUCAGUGAAAGCUGCCCACCAGGCA